CGCGUCGCAGCGUCACCACACUGCGCAUGCGCAAUCCACAUUGCUCGAGUACCCGGAAGUGUUUCGAUAACUAACAGACAUUUAUUUGCAUGGGUUUUCUGCACUCUUCUACGACAACGUCCUCCUACACGCCAAUGACUCGUGUGCUCGCAUUGAUGACACUGCAGUUACAAACGCCUCGUACGUGUUGGACUCUCGAGCUGACGUUACUGUCGGCUGAAGUUAUGAAGUUUGCUAACUAGUUCGCAGCUAAUGCAGCGUUACGUGAAUUGAGUCUGCGUGAAACACCUGUACAAGAAAGAUUUGUCCCUGAUUAUGCUGCUAGCAACUAUCAUCGCAUCUUCAGUGGUGGAGCAAGCAAUCAGAUCCGCUUAGACAGGAUCAGUACACAUUAACGGUAUGGCUGAAGAUCCACAAAGGAAUUUCCGCACUGCGUACUAUGAGAAGGUGGGCUUUAGAGGAGUGGAGGAGAAGAAAUCUCUGGAAAUACUGCUCAAGGAUAAUCCUCUGGAUCUAGAGAAGCUGAGCACGUUCAGUCAGAGGUUCCCCCUCCCCUCUAUGUACAGGAUCCAUGUGUGGAAAGUGUUGUUGGGAAUCCUACCUCCCCACAGUGACUCUCAUGCUUUGGUGGGAGGCUACAGGAAAGCGCAGUACAAUGACAUCUUGGAAGCCCUGCAGGUGAUGAGAUAUGUCAACUCUUCCACUCCCUCCACCGAUGUCUACCUGCGCAUGUUCCAGCUGGAGAGCCAGGUGCUUCCACGGUGCUCUGAGACCACAGCCCCGGACGAUGAAGACGAGGACUUCCUCUCCAUUGGUCGAUCUAUGGAGGAAAUUGUAGAUGAUCCUAUUGACUGCUAUUGGCUGAUCAAGUGUUUCGUCAAUCAGUUUCACGCAAAGUUUGGAGACUCAAUACCCCACCUUCCGAAGAGCCUGGAGCAUUAUCUGAGUCAGGAGGAACCUCGACUGCUGAGGCAUCUGAAGAACACCGGCGCCCUGGCUCAGCUGCCGUACAGCCUGUGGUUCAGACGCUGCUUCGCUGGUUGCCUGCCCGAGUCCAGCCUGCAAAGGGUGUGGGACAAGGUUAUCAGUGGGUCCUGUAAAGUCCUGGUGUUUGUGGCAUUGGAGAUUCUGCUCAGCUACAACAACAUGUUGCUGGGAAUCAGCCGGCCUGAAGACGUGGCCAAGCUUCUUUGCAAUAUACCACAGGAGAACACGGAUGCCAUUGUGACUAAAGCUAUCGACUCGUGGCAUAAGUAUUGUGGCACUCCAAUGCAUGCUGUAUAGUCACAUGGAGCUCCCCACACAGUGGAAAUCUAGGCCCAGAGGUGAGAGACUUUCCCAUGAUGCAUCACGAUCGGCUCUUACAUUGUGGAGAGGUCUCUGCAGGACUGGCAGGAAGACUCGUCAUGGGCUACUUUCAAUGACACGGAGGAUGUUUUGAGAAGAACUCUAAGCUUUCCCCAAAGAAUAUGAUGAACUACACGUGGAAACGACUGAACACUGAAACAGCUGCUUUGCAGAGAGGGUGCAGAAACACAGUUGGGACAAAAGCGCAGAAGCAUUAACUUAUUAUUAUUUUUAUGAGUUUCUUUCUUCAAGAAACUUGCAUCAUAGACUCACAAUAACUUAAUACCCACAUGCAGUUUUUCUGCUUUACAAAAAACAUUUGAAAAGUCUUGCUUACUUCCUUUGUUAUGUACAAGUAUUAUAAUUCUGAGAACAUUUUUCAAAACAUUUUUAAACAUACAAGAGACAGUAAUAAUACCGACGCUUGUACAUACAAACGGUCAUAACACACAACAGAUCAACCAGCUGUCCCAAUAAUAUGGUCAGAUUUAUGUACCUAACAAGGACUGUAAAGAAUAAAUAAAGUUAAGGUCAGGGAUUGUGUACCAACAAUUAAAAAAAAAUGGAAUGCAAAUCCACACUUUAAUUUUGCUGAGAGUCCGGUAACGUGAUGCUGUGUCCACAGAUCUGUAUCGAACAAUAUCAUUUGGCAACUUUGACAUCCCUGUAAAUCAUAGUGAAGGCAGAGUGGCACCGUGGGUUCAGUAACUCCCACCAGAAGUGAAUGAGAUGCAUCCAAGAUUGAGACUGAUGUGGUUUAAAACAGAGAUCUGAAAUCCAGGGUGUUUUGAGCUCUUGAAUUUAGGGCACAGAUACAUGCAAAUCAAAAGAAAUCUUGAAUUAUUGCUCAGUUGUUUAAUAUGUGUGUGUGUUCUCAAUUAUCACUUUCUAGCUUGCUGGGUGCGUUUUGGGACUUUAGGCUUAAGAUUCAGCUGCCAUUUUUAGUCAUUGAGAAAUGAUCUGGAUGUCAUCUAUGGAGUAACACUGUGCCAACACAAGAAGCUCCCUAAGGAAAGAUCAAGUCCAGUUGAAAGAGCACAGAAAAGAAUAUUUUGAAAGGCAAGAAAACAAUCCCUGUGUGAAAUAAAGUCCCAUCUUCAUCGCC